AUGAAUACAACUACUGGGCAUAGCGCUGCAGCAUUCAGUAAAGUUGCAGAUCAGGAAACAAACGACCUCCGUCUAUACAACGACGAAUUUCUUAGUAGGCUUCAAGCCUUAGCCGAGUUUAAGGAUCGCGCACUUAAGACGCACCAGCAGGUACACGUGCCAGAACUUAAUAGACGUCUUCAGCUCGAUCCUCAUCUACCUUUACCGGACGAAGACGCGUCUCCACUUUCACCAGAUGCGCUCUCACCAAAUCUUUCGAACACAUCCCCUAUUAACGUCAUCUACCUCGGCAACUCAAUGCUUGAGCGCUUCAAAACCACUGGUGCCAAUACAAACAUCGGCAAGCUAGGGAACAUGGGAGUCGCAUGGAACGCCGGUGUUGGCGGCGACAAGAACGAAAACGUCGCAUACCGACUCAAUGAAGGUCUUUACGACAUGCUCCGGAACGCGAAGAAAGAGAGAUGCAACAUCAGAGUCUGGAUCCUCACUUCUGGAACCAACAAUCUACACGCAAAGCGCCCUUUUCGCAAACAGGACGUGGAGAGUUGGAGGGUAUUGGUAGAGACUUGCUUAAGGAUUGCUCCGGAGAGUAUGGUACUGGCUUGCGAUAUGACGUAUAGGAAGGAUAUAGCUGAUGGUUUCGUCGAUGAGAGUAAUAGGAUGCUCAAGGAAGUCGUCGAAGAGAUGAACGAGAUUUUGCAAAAAGAUAUGGAAAAGGAAGACGACUCACAGGGUGGCAAGUGUCAAGGAGACAGAGUGAAGUGGAUUGAUUCGAGACAUGUGAUCAGCAAAGACAUGCUUGUGGAUCAUGUGCAUCUAAACGAGGAAGGCUAUCGGAUCUGGGAUGCUGCAUUGUGGCCACUUGUGGCAGAGGUAUUGGGUAUUCUGAGUAAGGAAAGUGAGUAG